AAAACGUUCACUUGUUUGUUUUCUGCAUUGUCAAAUAAUUAUUAAAAUUUUUUUGUGAAAAUGAAGAUUAUUACUGCGCUUGUUUUGCAAUUAAUUUAUUUUAAAAAUUAUGUUGAAUCUAUUCCAAUCUAUUCUGCUAAACAUACGAAUUAGUGUUUUUUUAGUACAGAUAAUUAUUAUUAAAAAAAAGGUUCAACAAAAAAUAUGAAAUUUAUAAAAGAAGCAGGAUAUUACGCCGAAGAACAUUCUGUUACUACCGAGGAUGGUUAUAAAUUAAAAAUGUUUCGAAUUCCUGGUCUUGAAGGAUCGAAACCAGUAUUUUUGCAACAUGGCUUGUUUGCAUCCUCUAAUACUUGGGUUAUCUCUGGAAAGGAAUCUUUAGCAUUUGCUUUGUCAGAUAAAGGAUAUGAUGUUUGGAUGGGCAAUUUUCGAGGAAACAUUUAUUCUAAAUCUCAUAUUAAUUUAGAUCAAAAAGAUGAGGAAUAUUGGGAUUACAGUUUUCAUGAAAUGGGAAUUUACGAUUUGCCAGCAAUGAUAAAUUAUAUAACAGAGUCUACUCAACAAAAAUUAAUUUAUUUUGGAUUUUCAUUAGGAUGCACAACAUUUUUUGUGAUGGCUUCUAAAAUACCAGAAAUGUCUUCAAAAAUAAGUGUUGCAAUUCUAAUUGCACCAGUUGCAUAUUUAAGUAAUAUGUUAGGUUUUUUUGAAAAAAAUGUUAUAUUACGUGGAGUUAAAUAUGCAUUAAAUCAUCCACGGAUAUCUAAUGACAUGUUUGAAAAUAGUUUUCAAUUAAGGCAGAAAAAUAAAGAAUUAAUUCUUGACAGUAAUUUUGCACUUAAACUGAUGCAAUGUGGUCAAACACACUUUAAGGAGAUUUAUCUGAAAUCAAUCAAAUGCGAAUUAAACGGUGGAAGUUCACUGAAAAAUAUAAAUCACUUAUUACAACAGAUGACUCAAAACGAAUUAUCUUAUUAUGACUAUGGUUCAGAUGAAAAUUUAAAAAUUUAUAAUCAGGAGAACCCUAAAAUUUAUAAUUUAACGAAAAUAAAAAUUCCUAUUGUUCUUUUUCAUUCAAAAGGUGAUGAACUAACACAAAAAAAGGAUUUUGAAAAACUGACCUCUAAAUUACUCAAUAUUAACGAAAAUGUUGAAAUUAAUAGUAAAAAAAUUUGUCAUCUAGAUUUAGUUUGGGGAAAGAAUGUUACUAAAACUGUUAAUGAUCCAUUGUUUAAAAUUUUAAAUAAAAUUAACAAAAAUUAGAGAAGAUAUAUUAAAUAUUAAUAUAAUUUUUAAAUGAUUAUGACGAUGUUAUUUUUAAUACAAUUUUUCAUGUAUUUUGAAAAAAGGAUUUAAUCAUCAAUAAAAAAAAAGUAAAUUAAAAAGUUGAAA